CAACCCCUAUUGUGUCUUUCGUUUUAUGCAUUUACUUUCAAACACUAUGGCCCCACAACACCGUCAAAGACGAAAUCUAACCGUAAGAAGAAGUUUAUCUCCCAUAGAAAGACGAAGAUAUCAACGUCAUCAACCCGACUGCCGCUUGUGUAGAAGAGACCAUCCUUUACGAUCCUGCUACAAGUUUAAUAACAUGAAUUUAACAUCCAAACUCAAAAUUGUGAAACAAUAUAAAUACUGCCAAAAUUGUUUAGCCCACAGUCACGUCCUGGCAAGAUGUCGUAGUUCCGAAAGGUGUCACAUUUGUCAACAAAAACACCAUACCCUUUUGCAUUUUCAUGCUCUCAUCAGACCAAUACAAAACCUCAACAUCAACCCAGAAAGAAAUCUUUUGCAGUCAACAAUUUUACGACCGACUGUAAUAGUCAAAUCAGGUUUGCUGGUGAUUGGCGUGAUGUACGUGGCAUUAUAA